ACUUAUUCUAGAUGUAUUUCGGUAAUAGAUAACCACGUAACUUUGUGAUUGCAUGCUGCUAUCACACCGUCAGAUGAAUCUUAUUCAAUAUAGCAUCGUUAUCCAUCGUCAAAACGUACAGUAGUUACUUCUUAUAAAAGCAUCUUUCUACCGCAAUGAUAUGUAGCUGGAAUAGAUAUUAGACCAUUUACUAUAGAAUCACUGUAUACAUGAAUAUUUGUUUUGUUUGAUGUGUAGUUGAUUCCGGAAGACCGUAUAUACACAUUCUGCGAUGUACUUGCGUCGUAGUGUUGUAUCGCUUAAAAUAUACAUUUAGUUUGCGUUGCAUUUUAUGUCUAGAACGAUAUAACGUCAACACAUGUCUCUAUUGUCACUUCUUUUCGGUGACAUGGUCUUAUAUGCUGGGAUCUUCUUUGUCAAUUUUAGUAUUAUAAGGUCUUAUGGAAGCAACCCCGGUCAUCAGCAUCCGUUGUGAAGAUGGGCUCACAUCUGUGUGCUAUGUUGAUCAAGGGUUGCUUACCUCUAGCAUUGGAGGUGGUCUGUCUAUUUGGGACAUGACAACCGGCAACACAUUAACAUCAUCGCAUAUUCAUCGUGAUUGCGUUUAUGCACUCCCAAUAGACUCAAAUGGCCAAAAUUGCGCAUCAAUGCUAGCAGUGCAACAUAAAUCUGGAUUUUCUGUCUUUGAUCUAAAAACCGAUACUACAUUGUAUAACGCAGACGUUAACUAUAGUAACUUUUCGCAUAUUUGUUUUUGUUCAUCUGCGUCGUUGUUGUUGUGCCCAUCUGGGAUAAACUCCAUCGCAUGCUAUGACGUUCGCACAGCAAUCGGUAGUUCCGAUCAUCAAAACGGCGCGACUGGUCCAUCUUCCAUUUCCAUCGAGCUGUUGGCACCUACAGAAGGUAGCACGGACAUUGGAUGCCUCCAACACAUUGAAACAUUUCCGCAUUCAUCUGGCUAUCGUAUCAUAGCUGGAUAUGAAACGGGUUUGGUGUCUAUAUUUGAUUUACGGAAACCUCAACAUGCAUUGAUGACUCACACAGUAGAUGGCAUCGACACUUUAACAGCGUUCUCUGUAUGGCGUGAUGUAGUGUUAUUAGGCGAUUCUAUUGGUAAUGUAUCGAUGUUGCACAUUUCGAGUUCGAGUGAUGUUACUACACUGAAGAGCCAUAACAUUUACAAAGGUGAAGCGAGCACUGCUGGCAUUGGAUGCCUAAAGAUAAGACCGGACGGCGCCAUAACUAUUGCUUGUUGUUGGGAUUACACAAUACGGGUUUUGGAAACACGAUCCUUAUAUACCAAAGCAAUCAUAGCUGAGCAUAACGACACCAUUGUGGAUGUCUGUUUCAAUGCACAGAGCGGCGAUUUUGCGACCUGUGGUCUUGACGGCAACGCUUACGCUUGGAACCUCUUCAAUAGCAGUUACAAACAUAUUUAAACUAUUGUUAGAUGUUAUUA